AUCUCCUCUUCCCUCAUCCGCCAUGGAAGAGUUUCUUUCCUCAAGCAGAGGCGGCCCGCAUCUGUAGGGACCCUUCAAGCUUUUCUUCUCAAUUCCUUUCUCUCCCUGAAACAAAAAUCCAAAAAAGAAACCAAGAAGAAUCUGAUCCGACAACCUAAAAGACUGUUCUGUUAUGUCCUGUUCUCUCUCUCUCCACUUUCAUUUUCCCCAGCUCUCCCCUUUAUUCCCUUCUCGCUAUCCUAAUCGAAUCGUCCCGCGAGCCCAAUAAUUGAACCCACAAGACGGAAAAUAGACAGAAAGAGAGAGAGAGAGAGAGAGAGAAGAGGGGGCUGAUAGAUUGAUCCGUUAUAUGAGGGAUGCAGGGGGGACUCCAAUAUAGGAAAGAGGAGCUGCGGGUGAUGGAUGCCAUGGACGGGGAUUUGGAGAGGCAGUUGAGGACCACCAUCAAGGAGGCUGCCAGGCUCACUGCAACCACGCCACUGUCGGGUGUUGUCGAGGCAUUCGAGGGGCUCGCACUGUUUGUUCGGUCCCACCGGGGCAAGGAGCUCCGGCUUGACACCUUCUGUGACGCUUGCUCCCUGGUCUCGGUCCUGUUCAAUUGCCUAGGGCUCGCCUUCAAGUUUGCCGAGAUGGAGUACGUCGCCAAGGUGCGUGACCUCAUGGAGGCAUCGAAGAUAUACACUACACUCUAUAAUGUACUUGACCGCGAUGUCGCAAACAGAACGGUGAAAACCCAAGGAAGCCAUACUAGAAAUCUACGCAGAGUUAGGCAGGGCCUCGACCUCAUCAGGGCUUUGUUCGAGCAGUUCUUGUCUUCCAAUGACUACUCGUUAAAGAAUGCAGCAACCACAGCCUAUUCUCGAGUUUGUGCCCCAUAUCACACAUGGGCAGUGAGAACCGCGGUUUAUGCAGGAAUGUAUACACUUCCAUCUCGGGAGCAGCUCUUGCUAAAGCUUCAUGAAACUGAUCAAACAGCAGGAAAAAAGAUGAGAAGGUACAUGAAUGCCGUGGCUCCAGUAAUAGAGUACAUUGACAAGCUGUACAUGUCGAGGAAUAUCAGCCUGGACUGGUGAUUCGUAUGCAGUAGUUCGUAGAUAGAAUAAAUUUGUACGUAUUCACGAUGCAGAAUCAAAUUUCUUAGAAGGGCGCAUCAAAUUUUGCCCCCAGCUGUUCUCACCAGAGAGAAUGCACGACUGUUGAUUAGCUUCAAGCUUGUACAUACGAUCAAUAUAUUGGAGAAGUUCACGGAAAAUUUUCAAGAUA